CCACAGCACGGCCACAGUGCCCUGCGGGGAGCGUGAGCGCGGGGGUGGCACAGGGCUGAAAUACAGGGGAGAGUUGGCGGCCUGACUGACCCCUUGAGCCCCCCGUGAGGCGGAUGCCGGGAUGCGGGCGCUCGUCCGCGCACCCACCCCUGGCUGUCGCAGCCACCGCCGGCUGGGCUCGGUGCCUUCUACUGGUGUCCCACGUGCCCGGGAUCGGGUGAGCCUGAGCAGUGCCCAUCCGAGGGGAUCGUCACUGUCCCUGAGCCCUGUUCACCCUCUGGUACAGCCAGAGGGACUGCGGGCUCUGCUGUGGAUAACAGAGCUGGUCAGGGGCAAAUUCAUUUUAUUUUCUCUUUUUUUGGUAGUUUUAUGCUAGAUUAAAGCCCAAACUAGAUUGCCACAGAAGAGCAAAAAUCUAUGCACGCUGGAAUUCGUAAUGUCAAAUAUUACAGUGUGUGUGACUGGGUGGAUAAAUUCUCCCUGGUUCAGGUAGGUUUCCUGGGAUAAUCCUUGAAUUUCUGCUCAGAGGCCACAGACCAGCAGAGGAUUGCUGCCUGUCAGGUUUCGUGAUUGAAAGAGUAACUGCUGUGGCCAAGGCGUCCACAAACAUAGUGCCAGGGCUGCAGGUGCUGUUGGGCUUUGGAGGAAGACACAACAUGGCUCAAGUGCUUUUCCCUUCUGUCUUCCUUCUCCUCCAGCUGCAAGAACUGCUGUUGCUGCAGAAAUCUGGCUGGUUCUUUGACAUCAGCCUCAGCCCACUGCCACAAGCAUCGCAGGACCCAGAGAGCACAAAGGAUGGUUUAAAGCAGACUGUCCCUGUCACUGUACAGCAGUAUGUGCUAGUGCUUUUCUGACAGAGCCUGUGAACUGUGUGCUGGGAAUCUGUGGUAGCAGAGUGGCCUGCUAAUAAUACUGCAACAGGGGAAAAAAAAAAAGGUUGAAAAUACAGUUUUGAGUUUGGAUUUAUAUUUUAACCUUGAAAUCUCACAAGGGGUCUUAAUAUCACAGGUUUCUAGAAGAGAAAAAAAAAAUUGCUGAAAGAAUUAAAAUAGAAAGCAGCUGGAAAAUAACUCUAAAGUUUUGAGAGAAAUAUAAAUUUAUUUUAUUUUACCAAAAUAUCAGCAUAGUGUUUGUGUAAUGGGUUUUUUGACAGCACUAUAUUUCAUUCUGGAGUUUCAUCACUUGAAAAAAACUACAGGCUCUUAGCACACCUGCCGUGAGAACCACUUCCUUCUCCUCCGAAACGGGUGUUCCUAGAGCCCACUGGAAUCCUUUGCUUUGCUGUUCCCACUGAGAGCACAUGGCUUUUGGCAGUUCAGGGUUGUGUCUGUGCCAGUUUGUGAUAUUUCUCCUUGUUUGCUGUACAGGGGUCCAGCUUCUCUAUCUGAUGUAAGUGUCCAUGGUUAAAAUGAUCAGGAAUGCUCAGAUAUUUGCCAUACUUGCCUGUUCUGGCUGGCCACAGAGCGGCAGCCCUUCCCAGGGAACAGGAACGGUGCUCCGCCACAGAUACCUGGCUGGUCUCUGCUUGUUCUGAUGCAGGUCACAGACAGACCCUGCUUGGAUCAGCUGGAUCAGUUCAGGCCCAGUGUUUCCCCACACAUCAAAGAAAGUAGUAAAUUUGGACAAACUAAGCUUUGCAGCCCAGGAAGGAGCCCACACUGGUGAGAACGGAGGCAGGCAGCACUGCUUUCCUCUUAUCCUCUCUGCUCAUCAGACCCUGCCAAGAUUUUGGGCAGAGACCUCCUUCCUCUUGCCCUUGCUGAGCUGCUCCAGUUCUGUGCUGUGAACUUCAGUGGAUUUCCCUGCAGGGAUGUCACCAUGCUGGGAAUAUCACAGUCCAUGCCAGUUGAAUGUGGUGCAGGGCUCACAGCCCUUGCGGCUGGGCAGGACAUGUGGCACAGGGAAGCUGGGGCGCAGCCGAUGCUGCUCCUCCGCCUGGCGAGCUGGAGAAGAGCUGCAGCUGGAGCGUGCCAGAAACUGCGUUGUGAGGAGAGGACACCAUCCCUGGGCUGUGCCCCUCGCUGUUUCCCAAGAGACCCGUGGUAAUCACUGCACCUCCAACAGAUUGCUCUGCCUGUCUCUUGCCUUUGUGCAAGGAGCAAGGCUGGCAGGACUCUGCAGUGCAAAAGCUGCCCCAAGGAACCAGACGGGCUGGAGGAAUGGGCACCGGAGACCUCACCAAAUGCAGCCAAGAAGGGGUAGGAAGUGACAGCAGAUGGGGAACAGCAGAAACCAGGGCAGGGGAGACUGAGAAGGUGGCAGAAAGGUGCCUGGGCUGAAGGGGAGCCUGAGAAAAGGGAAGGAGAGGGCUUUCCCUCAGCCUGUGUUUCUCUACUCGAUUCACUUGUUUCUCAAGACGUGAAUCAGGAAUUAGAUAUUGCCAGGGAUGGGCCAAAUAUCCAGUUUGCUGCAAUUUCCCCAGUUGUGGCUGCUUGGCCAUGACAGGGAAGAAGGUCUAAAAAGGGAAAGGGGGAAAAGCAGAGCCCAAACUGGGCAUCUUUGGUGUGGCAAUUCCUUCCAUUCCUUCCUGCUGUCAAGGGCACUUUGCCUCACAGAAUGACAGGACAGGGGAGGGGGUAAGGGGCCUGUGAACAGGAGCUCUCACAGCCGGGUCCCAUGGAGGGGGUGGCCCACAGGGCUGUCCAAAGGGGCCUCCAGGAGGCCACCCCUCCCCCCCGGGUGUGGUGGGCAGUUUCUGUGUGACACAGUGCCAGCGCAGUGAUGUGACAAUGCAGUGAUGUGACAUCACCAUGAUGCAACAAUGCCCCAUGGCUAUAUUUAGCCAGGAGACCAGCUGUUGUGUCUCUGUUGGAGCAAGAGUCAACGUGGGAUCACAACACCAUGAGAGCCCUGGAAGACCACACCCAGGAGAAAGAGAUACCAGGAAAAUGGACCCUGAACUGCUGAACCUCCCACUCGCAGUCAAGAUCCCUGUGGCACCUGGAUCCAAGCCUGUCUUCUUCAGGGGAAAGCUGGGUGAAAAGCUCCCCCCGACAUAUCCUUAUUUCAAUCUGGAUGAUCCCUACUUGCACCAAUUCAGCCUGAAAUACAACUGCCUGCAUGACCCCAGCCUUCGGGACUACCACAAGCGCAAGGACAUCCUGCGGAUGCUGAAGAAACAGGGCGUUGUCACCUGUGACAACAAGGUGGUUUGCACUGUGAAGGACUUCAACGAGUACAGGCAGUACCUGACCAGGCUCAAGCUGGAGGCAGAACAGAUCUUGGGGCAGCAAGAGGAAGGGCUUCUGUCACCCCUGGCCAAAUUAAAGGAUGGCCCCAAACUGCCAGGAACCACCACCUGCUGGGGGAAGCAGCGGCUGCAGCCUCAAAAAUCUUCUAGCCUACCCCCACCCAAGAGCAGAAAAUCAGGGGGAUACAGAAAAAGGAGAGCAGCUUUGGAUGAGGGCCAAAUUUACUCCAGAGGUAAGUUGGGCCAGGAGGAUGCCAAACUGCCCAGUAGGGUCAAAACUGCUGCUGACUCCCAGAGGAAGCCAGAUGGCAUUGUCAAUGGCUUGUUGAAUGCUGUGUUUGAGCAACCAACUGCAGCAGAAGCCAAGAAGCUUGAAGAGCUGGCUGACAUUGUGGUGCACAGAGUGUUGGACAGGCUGAAGUUUUCUGGGAAUCAGCAUGUCAGCUUUUUACAGAGGGAAAUCAGAGGAAGACUUUCAAGCAGCAGCAUGAGAGUAGAACUUUUGGAUGCUUCUCUAGAUCACAGCUGGAAAAUGGAAGUGAUGGCAAAAGAGCUUGUAGCAACAGUGUUGGAGAUCUUGAGGGACCGUCUGGCAUCCAGCACACCCAAAGCUUCUGAGCCAGGGGUGGCAGCCGGGUGGAAAGAGCUGCCUAUUGCUGGAAGCGCCACCCAAGCGGACAAAUCCAAGGACACUGAAACAGCCACUGCAGAGAGAACGCUUUCACAGACUUCCCUUGACACACUCACCAGAGAAGUUUUUGAGAGUGUUCACUGCACCUUGGAAGCCUUUGUAACUCCUCAGUUUGAGCAAGACACUAGCUUUGAGUACGCUGAAAUCCUGGAGCUUCCUGGGGGAAAUGUCUCCAACAGACAACUGCGGCCAUCCCAGACACUUCCAAGGCAGGCCACGGAAGCAGGACAAGGACUCCCCAGAGCAUAUGAACAGCAGAGCCUGAAAGCAAUGUUGCCUGCCACUGCAGAAGGGGCUGGGUAUGCCAAAACCAUGGAGCCUGAGGAUUGUGCAACAGUGAAGAAGAACAUGGAAAGAAAAAUGAACCUAGAGUCAACAGCCUUAGCCAGCACUUUGGAUGUAAGGACUAUGGCAAAUCAGAUUGCUGACUCAGUGUUAGAGCGGGUCGGUCAACCUGGGCCUGCACCAGCCCCCGAAGAGAAUUUUCAAGGGUCUGUCGCAAACCCAUCCACAUGCCAAGGCAGAAUGGAGAGCUGUGCUGCUGAGGACACUCUCCCUUCUGUGGACCCAUAGUCUUCCCAACAGCCCAUCCCUCCAGCCCAGGCCAGAGCAUGGCACAGAGCAGAGCACCCAAAGCUCAUCUGAGGUAAGCGAGGUGUGUGACUGGAGAGCUGAAGAGCCCCCAGACAGCAAACACAGACCACAUCCUUGUGCUGGCAAUAAAGAGUUUAUUUCCAAGGCCUUGUUCGUGCUUUCUUCAAACCAGACCAUACUGUCUCUGGGCAUUUUCCCUACUGUAACCUGUUCUAUCUUCCCUUCUUUAGCCUCUGUCAUGCUGAGGCCAAAUUUUAUAGGGAAUUUGAGAUAGGGAGGCAAGGGGUAGCUAGCAUUCUUGUCUUGUUCAGCAAGCUUUGUUGUUGGGUGAGUGGAAGGAUGGGUUUGGACCUUCUCUGCUUUCUCUGGGAAGGAGUUCAGGUGUCACCUGUAAAACCUUUAUUUAUGCUCAGCAUGAGCAGAGUUGUGCACUCCACAGGACUCACCGUCAGGGAACAGCAGGAGCUGUGACAGGACAGGUCAGCGCGAACCGAGCUGGCAAGGCACUGCCCUGUUGUCUUAGGUUACACUGUAAGAUGUAACCAAAAGUAUGUAUUGUAUUAUCAUCUUCGUAAGCUGUUAAAGCAGGUGGGGCAGUGUUCCUUAUCUCUUCUAUGAUACAUCCGUGAUAACUCCCUCCGGAGAGAAACCUUCUGUUACUGGGCCAUCCAGCCUCACCACAUGACUCAUAGAAUUACAUCAUCCCACUGUGAGAUGCUCCGCCCAGGGGGAGGAACUGAGCAUUCCUACCUGGAUAUAAUCUGGGGUUUGGAACACCACA